AUGCCUUUCCGUGAUGCUGGCUACAGCCAGGCAGAUUAUGGUAUCACAGUUCAAGAUGUUGUCUACGGUGUUUGGAAAGCCAAGGAGGAGAGUUGCUGUGCAUUGGAGAACUUUGACCUCGAUGAGUACGAAAGGUUUGAACGAGUAGAGCAUGGUGACUUCAACUGGGUCACUCCCCAUUUCCUGGCAUUCGCUUCGCCCCAGCACACUCCCGUGGCUCGCAUUACCGAGACGUCGGACCUCUACCCUACACUGCCAAAGACACUAGCAGCCGUCGAUGCGCACCCGACACUACCGCAGCCAUUCAAGAACGUCCUCAAGCAUUUCUCUGAGCGAAACAUCGGUCUUGUGGUCAGGCUCAAUUCCGCACUGUACUCACCGUCAUACUUCGAGGCGCUCGGUAUCCAACACCUGGAUAUGAUCUUUGACGAUGGUACCUGCCCACCUCUGUCAACCGUGAGAAAAUUCAUCAGGCUAGCACACGAAACAAUUACUGUCAAGAAAAAGGGCAUUGCAGUUCACUGCAAGGCGGGACUUGGUCGAACAGGUUGUCUGAUUGGAGCAUACCUCAUCUAUCGUCAUGGCUUCACCGCCAAUGAGAUCAUCGCGUACAUGCGAUUUAUGAGACCCGGUAUGGUGGUUGGACCUCAGCAGCACUGGCUGCAUCUCAAUCAAGGCACCUUCCGAGAGUGGUGGAUCGAAGAAAGGGUGGAGCGCAAGCUUCGCAAGGAGUUUGCAGCUGCCAAUCCAUCACCGAGCACACCUAUCCGAGCUAUGCAGAAGGCAUCUCUUGGCCGCAGCAACGGAGGCACCUCGACACCGCCUAACAGGAGCGCGUCGAACAGAACUCCAUUAAGCGAGAUGAACGAGCAGGACCGCAACGCCCCUAGCAAUCAAGAAGACUACCUACCAGCACCGACACCAGGUCAGCCGCGCAAGACCAACAGGCAUCAUCCCUACGGUCGCAGCAGCAAGGACUCCGUGCACCGCACCUCAAUCGAGGAGGAGUCAAGCGUCGAGCAGGAGACAGAAAUCGUUUCCGUGCAUCGUCAGUCCCAGGGAGCCGAGUCGGAUGAGGAAUGGCACCUACGGAUGCGAACACACCGCAAGCCAUCAGCAUCUCCGGAUCAUCGUUCCGAGAAGUCACGCUCCGUCAGCCACACAACCACCACGACGACCAUAUAUGAGAUGAUCGACAACGAUGCGUCAAAUGAUAUCGAGAACAUUGGUAGCGCCGUCGGCCGGACCAAGUCCAUACGUGAUUCUCCGACACGUGCUAGCAGCACUUCCGGUGUGAUGACGAAAGUUCGAGGCACCUCGAAGCGGCCGGGCGACUCUCUGCGAGGUAAAGAGCCCGCAGGUGUUCGCAAGACCAGCGGUCGUGUCGGUAGCAUCAGCUCUGCUACAACCACAGCGACCAACGCUGCUAGAAAGGUGUCUGGUCUUUGA